CAAUGACAAUCUAAAAAGAACGCCACAGAAUAUUUUGAUUCCUGCGGCUAUUUUUAGUCACUCUUAAUUUUGGUCAGUCAAAUCAGGUUUACUGCAAAUCUUCUGCAAAUUGUUAUAUGAGGAAAAAGAACAUCGAAACAGAAUUGAAAAUGUGCACGAAAUUUUAUUACCGCCUCUUGAUAUAAAUACGGCUUGAAAUAUAUCAUGUGUAGUUUAAUGGUGCAUAUCAUCUGUGGAGUAAGUUGAGAGAUUGCAUUUCGUUCGAUUCAUUCUACAAAAAAAAAAGUUUCAAGAAGUAUAGUAACUGUGAAAUUGGUAAACUCAAGUUAAGCAAAAUGUCGUCUGAAUCCAUAACAAAACUUUUACAUCAAGUGGCGAAAAACCAAGGAUUUUCUGAUUAUGAAAUUAAAACAAAAACUGGAUCAAACCAUGGUGAUAAUUUUGUAGGUGUUAUGACUGCUAUCACAUUAUCUGGCACAAAGGGAUUAAAUGGCAACGGUGCGCGUCAAGAGUUGCAUUUGAUUUGUAAAACACCUCCAGCAGACGAAGCACGGAAAAAGCUGCUCAGAUCGGACUUAGUGUUUGAUCGUGAAAUUUAUACUUAUUCAAAAUUGCUGCCUGCAUUCGUUCGAUUCCAACAAGAGCAAGGACUUAGUGAAGUGGAUGCGUUUUCAUCAUUUCCCAAAGUUUACGCGAGUGAAGCAAAAAAUGGCAGUUAUAUAUUGAUUAUGGAAGAUAUGAAAUCCAAAAACUAUGAAAUGUGGCCCAGAGAAAAUAUCAUUGCACUCGAUCAUGAGCUAUCGAUUAUGCGUGAGCUCGGCAAAUUUCACGCGUGUUCAUUUGCUUUGAAAGAUCAACGACCACAUGAAUUUGAUGAAUUUAAAGGAUUGAAAGACAUUUUUAUUGAUGUUGCUAUCAAGGGAUUGUUUGGAUCAUACAUAGAGAAGUCAGUUGAAAGAGCGGCUGAUACACUAAAAAAUCCGAAAUACAAAGAAUAUAUGCUAAAUCUACGGAAAAAUUAUGCAAGCAAAGUCGAACAUUAUUUAUCUGAAGCACUCUCUAACGAUUUCGGUGUCAUCGGACAUGGAGACUGCUGGAACAACAAUUUUUUAUUUCAGAAUCCUGAUGGUGAUAAAAAUCGAUUGGAAUCAGUGUGUUUCUUGGAUUGGCAAUUCGUACGCUUUUGUUCACCAGCGAUUGAUUUGCUCUAUAACAUAUUCUCUUCGACUGAUAAGGAAUUCCGUGAUCAACACUAUGAAAAGCUGUUGCAAACGUACUAUGCAUCAUUGAGCAAAACUAUUCAAAGGCUUGGCAGUGAUCCAAAUAAACUCUUCAGCUAUGAACAGUUGCAAGCACAACUUCGAAAAUUCGGUGAAAUUGCAUUAUUGUUCGCUCCGAUGUUGAUGCUCGUGAAAUUAGUGAAGCCAGAGCACAUAAAACCGAUGGGAGAAUAUGCGUCAGGCGUUGAACGGGGCGAGGAAACGGAUUUAAUAAAUGAACUCGAUGAAGAAACACAAGCUGAGUUCAGUAGGCUGGUUAACGAGCUAUUCAGUGAUCUUGUGGGUUUGGGAUACAUACAUUUACAGUAAUUUGGUCGACGAAUUUUUAUAUUAUUGAAAAAAAAAAAUAAUUGAAUAAAAGGAUACGUUAAACACA